AUGGCUCCCUACCUCAAAGAGCCCAUCUUCCAUGGGAAAACCUUCUGCACUCCCCACACCGACACCUACCCCGCCAUCGACCCUGCCACGAAAUCUAACCACACUGGACACUACAUCCUGAUAACCGGCGCCUCAAAGGGCGUCGGUCGCGCAACAGCACUCUCCUUCGCCAAAGCCGGCGCCGCAGGAAUCGCUCUGGCAGCACGUUCCUCCUUCGGCGACCUCUCCUCCGAAAUCCUGUCCGCCGCCAAAUCCGCCAACAAACCCCCUCCAAAGAUCCUAGAACUGCAAAUGGACGUCAUGUCCUACGCCUCCGUCGAAGCAGCCGUCAAGACCAUCGAGAAAGAGUUCGGGAAGCUGGAUAUCCUGAUCAAUAAUGCGGGGUUCUUGGGGCCGUUUGAGGAAGUUGUGGAUAGUGAUAUCGACAAGUGGUGGAUGAACUAUGAGGUUAAUUUACGGGGCGUGUAUUGGGUUUCUAAGGCGGUGCUUCCGCUGAUGCUGAAGGGAGGCGAGAAGACGAUUGUGAAUGUUACGAGUGCAGGCGCUCAUAGUGUGGGCACUGGUGCAAGUGGGUACGCGGGGAGCAAGUUUGCGUUGUUACGGUUUACCGAGUGUUUGGUAGUUGAGCAUGGGGAGGAGGGGUUGUUAGCUUAUAGUGUGCAUCCGUGUGGUUCAGCGACAGAACUAGGGUUGGGGAUGCCGGAGCGGAUGUAUUUUGUUUUUACGGAUACCCUUGAGAUUGCGGCGGAUACGAUGUGCUUUUUAACAGCGGAGAGGAGGGACUGGCUGGCUGGGAGAUAUGUGAGUUGUCCUUGGGAUAUGCCGGAGUUUUUGAGCAGAGAGAAGGAGAUUGUCGAAGGCGAUAAGCUCAAGAUGAGAAUGACGUGGUGA